AAACGAAAACGCACUGCUUCUGAAGCAAUAAAGUUCUUUGUUAAACAGCGCCUCCAAGCCCUCUUCGUGUCCACGUCCGCACUCCUUUUUCCACUUGACGUUUAGGAUGGGCCGACCGUUCUACGAGUGGCUCGAGGGUCGCUGCUAUGCGUGCAAGAUGUGCCAUUGCAACCUGGCUGCUGCUUCAGAGCUUGUUUCAAGGCAAUUUCACAGCAAGCACGGCCGCGCCUACUUGUUCAACACUGCCGUCAAUCUGACCACCGGUACUAAGGAGGAGCGAAUGAUGACCACUGGACUUCAUGUCGUAUGCGAUGUGUACUGCUCAAAAUGCAUGUGGCCUCUGGGAUGGCGAUACGAGCUUGCAUAUGAGGAGUCGCAAAAGUACAAGGAAGGCAAAGUUAUUCUCGAGCGCGCGUGUGUCAUUCACCUAAACCCUUCCGAGGACGGCGAGGACUCCUACGACGACGGCUUCGAGACGGGCAGCGACGACUACUGACCCAGUAACCGACAACUACUCCCGCACAUUAACAGACAACUGCCCAACAUGCAGUCGGUUGGCAAAGUAAAUUGUACGACAUAUAUAUGCAACUAGAUCGUCCAGUGCGUUGGCCGUCUAUAUUUGUUUUCUUGCCGUUGCCGUGGCCCUUUGCGAGAGCGCUACUGCCCCAUCCCUGUCUACUUUCUAUACGGCGACGAUCGGUUUCCUGUUUCCCUGGUACGGCGGCUCCGAAACC